GAAUAGACGAGCAUCCAAUAUGGCGACCUCCACGGGGCAGGAUGGGAAAGCUGUGAAUAUCUCUAAUGUGGAUCUAUUGCUGCACCCUGAGCUGUUGUCUCAAGAGUUCAUGCGACUCAUAUUAAGUGAGAAAAAUGUCAGUACCAGAGACUGCCAGAGUCGGGACCGGCUCACGGAGCUCUACCUCCGGCAUGUGAUCCCGCUGCCGCAGAGGAGUUUACCCAACAGCCGCUGGGGGAGGAGGAUGGAGAGGAGCCGGGGGAGGCAGACCCCGGCUGGGCACAGUUCCAGUAAUGACCACAAUAGGAAAAGGCCUCUGAUUGUGUUUGAUGGCAGUUCGUCUCACUCGGGUACACUAAAAGUAAAAAAACCAGAGGGAACCACCGUGUCAACAGGAGUCACUGACAGGUUAAAACCUCCCCCUGCUGCAAACCUGUCCAACCCCAUCCGCAAGCUAUCUGGAAACUCAUCUUCCUCUUCUUCAUCCGUUCAACACAGCUCUGACACAGCAAACCUUAAACGAGAGGCAAACAGCUCGGAUACAGUGAAGUCUCCAGAGGUGAAGAAAAAGAUCCAGCAUGUGACAUGGCCCUGACCUCUGACCCCUGUUCACACAGACCUGGUGGGAACUCAAGCUCUGAAGGAUAGACCACUCUCCUCCCACCAGAUGUUGUUGUCCUCACUGCCUGUGCUCUACCCAUCAUAGUUAUCCCACUAAUUGCAUCACAAAAGGGAUGAUACCUGUUUGUCGAGGCCACCUCACAGCUCUCGUUCAGGUGUUACAGCUGACAGGAUGCGGAGGUCAUCCUGCUUUUGAAGUCACAAGCUUCCUUGUCGCUCUCCACAACCUCAAGUGCCCUUACCAUCAAAGAUCAGCAACUUUACUCAUGUCCCACACAGAUGGAGAUCUUCUAGAGGAAAAAACAUCAACACAGCUUUAGCUCUGAAAUACCAUUUAAGGAAAUGAUGAGUUUUAGUAAAGAGGGCCUCUGGUGCUGGUUUGAAAGGUUUUGAAACAAACACUGAAGACUUUCAUAGAGAUUGUGACUUUCAGAAUGAUGGGCAUAUUUAAAAGGCAUUAAGAACAAGUUAUGAGGCAAAUAACAUUAAAUAUUUAAAAAUAAUAAUACUUUGGUGUACCUUUUUUAAAAGAAUAGAAACCAUAGAUCGUGUUGAACCUUGUUUAAUUUCUGAACUGGUAGUGGAUGUCAUUUUUGUUCUCCAUGAGCUCCAUUUCACUGAGGUUUAGUCAAUCCUCAGUGCUGUUUCACGAGUUUUUCAGGGUUUUUAAAUAUCAGUGUAAUGUGAUAUUGUGCAUAUGUUGCACAUAACAUGAAGAUGAAACGGUUUUCCUUUACAGCUGGAUCAUAAUAGACUACUAAAUGACCAUUUUGACACAAAGGAAGCCGAUAUUUGAAUAUCACCCUUUAAUAACUAAGGAAGGAAUGUGGACUUUUUGAAGUAUAUUUAUUUAGAAUUGUUUAAUUGACUUCCAGUUACUGUCUUUGAAAUGGAUGCAGAGUUAAUCAAAAACACACAGGAACAAGAUUCACAAAGUAUUUUGAAUCCAUUGUCAUGUUUGUACCAACAGUUUUUUAAAAUAAAUUGUCUUCAUACAAUGAA